AUGUCGUCCGAGACAGCGUUGAAGCCAUCCAAGCAGGUCCGCAAGAGGACUCCUGCGAAGAGAGAUCCGGUGCGGUAUCCGUUUUGGUUCGGGGGAAGCGCGAGUUGUUUUGCAGCUUGUGUGACACAUCCUUUGGAUUUAGUCAAGGUCCGCCUACAAACCCGCCGCGGCGAUGCGCCCAAAACAAUGAUAGGAACCUUCGGGCACGUCUUGAAAACAGAUGGAAUCCUAGGUCUCUACCGCGGACUCAGCGCCUCCCUCCUCCGUCAAAUCACCUACUCCACCACCCGCUUCGGCAUAUACGAGGAGCUCAAAUCCGGCCAGAAAUCCAAGCCCACAUUUCCGACCCUGAUCGCCAUGGCAUCGGCAUCCGGAUUCAUAGGAGGUGUAGCAGGAAAUCCGGCAGAUGUAUUGAACGUGCGGAUGCAGCACGAUGCGGCGCUCCCUGUGGCAGAGAGGAGAAAUUACAAGAAUGCCGUGGAUGGACUGAUACGUAUGACAAGGGAAGAAGGCUGGAAGAGUUUAUUCCGAGGCGUGUGGCCUAAUUCCAUGCGUGCUGUUCUCAUGACUGCUAGUCAGUUGGCUUCGUAUGAUGGGUUUAAGAAUGUGCUGAUUGAGUUUACGCCCAUGGAGGACAACCUCAAGACGCACUUCUCUGCUUCUUUCCUGGCUGGUUUUGUGGCUACGACGGUAUGCUCGCCGGUGGAUGUGAUUAAGACGAGAGUCAUGUCGUCGCAGGAGAGUAAGGGUUUGGCAACACUUCUGGCAGAUGUGUAUAAGAUGGAGGGUGUAGGAUGGAUGUUUAGGGGUUGGGUACCGUCAUUCAUUCGCCUGGGUCCACAUACCAUUGCUACGUUCCUAUUCUUGGAGCAGCAUAAAAAGAUCUAUAGGAAGUUGAAGGGGAUCGAGGAGGGAGAACAGCCGAUUUGA